UCUCACAAACUCAAACACACCAUGAAGCACCACCACCUCUCCUCCCUCCUCUUCUUCCUCUUUCUCACUCUCCGCUCCCUCACCCCCACCUCCGCCGCCUGCCACGUCGACGAUGAAGCCGGCCUCCUCGCCUUCAAGUCAGCCAUCACAUCCGACCCCUCCAACAUGCUCGCCUCAUGGAAGAAAGGCACCGACUGCUGCACCUGGUCCGGCGUCAGCUGCGACAACAACCGCGUCACAAUGCUCUCCCUCUCCGGCCAACCCGACAAGCCCACCUCCUACUUAUCCGGUAAAAUCUCUCCCUCCCUCUCAAAGCUCACUUUCCUCAACGGCAUCUAUCUCCAGCAGCUCAGAAACCUCACCGGUUCUUUCCCCACUUUCCUCUUCAAGCUCCCCAAUCUCAAGUACGUCUACAUCGAAAACAGCAAGCUCUCCGGUCGGAUACCUGCUUCUGUCGGCAACUUGACCCAGCUCGAGGCACUCAGUUUUUACUUCAACCGGUUCACCGGUCCGAUCCCGAGCUCAAUCUCAAAGCUAACUCAGCUGGGUCAGCUCAAACUCGGCGGCAACCUUUUAACCGGGUCAAUCCCCACUGGCAUCAAGAACCUCAACAAGCUCACUUAUCUCACUCUCGAGCGAAACGGGUUGUCGGGUCCCAUACCCGACAUCUUCGCCUCUUUUCCGGAGCUCCGGAUUCUCAGUCUUUCCAGCAAUGAAUUUACCGGGAAAAUCCCAGCUUCAAUCUCCUCUUUGGAGCCAAAGUUGGGUUUCCUUGAGCUGGGUCACAAUGCCUUGACCGGUCAAAUCCCGGCGUUCCUAGGAAACUUCAAGGCCCUUGACACACUUGAUCUCGGUCACAAUAAGUUAACAGGCACUGUACCUAAGGCACUUGCCAAUUUGACCAAGAUCUUCAAUCUCGAUCUUUCUCAUAAUCAACUGGUCGAUCCAUUCCCGCAGUUGAAUGUGAAAGGCAUUGAGUCGCUUGAUUUGUCUUACAACAGUUUCCAUUUGAAUGACAUUCCGACAUGGGUUACUUCCUCGCCGAUCAUUUACUCUCUCAAGCUCGCAAAUUGCGGGAUCAAGUUGAAGCUGGACAACUGGAAGCCUGCGCAGACCUAUUACUAUGACUACAUUGAUUUGUCUGGGAACCAGAUUACGGGCAGUCCGAUUGGAUUGCUGAACAAGACUGACUUCUUGGUGGGUUUUUGGGCUUCAGGAAACAAGUUGAAGUUUAAUCUGGAGAGCUUGAGGAUUGUGGAGACGUUUAAGCACUUGGACGUGUCGAGGAAUUUGGUUUUCGGGAAGGUGCCUAAGGCAGUGGCUGGGCUUGACAGACUGAACGUCAGCUAUAAUCAUCUGUGCGGACAACUUCCGACCACCAAGUUUCCUGCUUCGGCGUUUUUGGGGAACGAUUGUCUUUGUGGUUCUCCACUGGCUGCAUGUAAGAAAGCCUAGUAGCAAGUCAGAACAACAUCAUACCACAUUGUCACGCUAACUUAGUAUUAUUAGGCUUGCAGUUGGAAAAUAAAAGCACACGAAGCUUAGCGGAAAUAAGAGAGCAUGGAAUGACAAGUUAGGAUCGUUUUACUUCGAUCUUUAGCAGAAGGCAAAAGUAAUGUAUCCUUAUGU